AUGGAGGGUGGUGGUAUGCUUCUUCCAGGCCAACGGUUUUGCCCCAUGGAAGAUGAGCUACUCAUGUUCUACCUUAAGCCUAAGGUGAACGGGAUGGAAGUGCCCGGCAACGAAGACGUCAUCUGCGAGAUGGAUCUUUACGGUGACCAAGAUCCUUGGAAAAUAUGGGAAAGAUUCGAAGCAAGAAGAGCCAACAACUUGAGGAGGAAAAAAGAUCUCUACUUCUUCACCCAAAAGAAGAAGAAGACUGCAAGAAGCUCACGUGCAAGCCGAACAGUUGGGAGUGGCGGUACCUGGAAAGGCCAAAACGCAGCCAAGGAGAUAUAUCUUCUUGAUCAGAAGCAGCAGCCAACAUCUACUCUUCUUGGUUUCAAGAAAACCUACACCUACAAGAACAAGGGGUCUGUGCAUCAUGGUUGCUGGAUCAUGUAUGAGUUUGAACUUGAUAAGUCACAACUCCUGCACAAGAAACAAGUAAACAAGAAUGAAUACGUUCUUUGUUUGCUUAGGAAGAAUGAUGUACUACCGGAAAAGAAGAGAAAAAGGCAAGAAGAAGAGGAGAUGCUAGAAGAUUAUGUCGAGGACGGCAGUGGAGAUAACAUCGAUCCUGAAUCCGUUAUUGAGGAGCCGCAAGAGAAACGGCAGCGUCUUCUACCAUGCACUGAUAUUCCAGCACCAUCAUUAGAAGCUGAACAAGAAGCAGUACCCACACCAUUAGAUGUUGAACCACUUUUCUUGCAAUUCGAGGCUGAUCAAGGAGCAACGCCCUUGGAGUUAGCUGAAUUAGAAAAGUGGUUUGUAGCAGAAUUUUAUGCUGAAAAUGUUGCCUCGCUAGUUGAUGAGAAUUCAGGACUUCAACAAUUGGAAUCUGAACCUCAACUAGGAGAAGAAAAUCUGGAGCAGCAACUUGAUACACCAUUAUUUGCAGCUGAUGGGAUGAUGAGUGACCUGCACUCUCACCCAGAAGAAAAUCCGGUGCAGCAAAUGGGAGCUGAAGCCAAUGUGGAUGGAGGGAACUUGAGCGACGCUAUGCUUGGUGAAAACUGGCCUAUGUCUUUUUUGGAGGAUCUAAUGAUUGAUGAGCAGCCAAAUACCAUGGAAGUGGGAGAGUGGAAUGCUGCUUAUUCAGAUUUUGAGUACUUUGCAUUUUAG